AUGAACUAUUCAUAUUUCGACUUAUUUUCUUAGUAAUUUUAGUUCAAUAUAAAUGAAAAAUAGGUGAAAAAAGGCACAUUUAUAGGAGCACUUUUAACCUCUGUUAUCAUUUUAUUAACUUUUUCAUAUUUUGUUUACAUUAUGAAGUAAUUUAUACACAAUUAAAUUGAGCCAAGUUUCAGAUCUCAAAGCUUUAUAUCAAAUGGAAAUAUAGAAAUGACCCUUACAAACAACUUAAUUGGUUUCAGAUUUGAUUAUGAUUUAAAUUUAAGCAUCGAAUCACUAGAAAAAUAACAAAACUUAACUUAUAUCGUUUACUAAGCUUAUUAUCAAUAAAAUAACUAAACCGAUGUAAUACAUAUUCCUAUUGAUAUAAUCGAAUGUGAUGACUCCAAUCUAAUUGGUUAUAAGUGCUUGGAUUUUUCAAAAGUAUCUAAUUAUACACUAGCGCUAAACACAAAUACAAAUUUACAAUCCUAAAUAUAGAUUUUUAUGUACGGAUGCUUAGAUGUCGAUCUUUUUAAAUAAACAAUCCCAAGCAAUUGUGCAAACUAAACUGAAAUUGAUAACAUAGUUAAUGGUGGAAACGCAGGUUUUAGACUAAAGCUCUAUACUUCUUAAUAUAACACAACUUCUUAGCUAACAGAAGUUAACUAUAGAAAUGCUUAUGUUUAUACAAUAGCUUACUAAUAAGUAUUGUCUCAAUUAAUUGUUCAAAAACAAAUCACAUCUGUUACGAAAGGAUCCAUAAUAUAAACAGAAUCUGCUUUUUCUUCUCCUAUUUAGUAUAGAAAAGAAUCCUAAAUUAUAGAUAGAUCGUAUGCCUUUAAUUAAAUAGGCGUUGGGAGUUAUAGCGUUUUGCUGAUAUACCCAGACGAAAUAGUUCAGCAAAUUAAAAUUUAAUACUCUUCUCUCCCAUAAGUUAUGUCUUUUGUGAAUAGUAUAUUUGCAUUUUUGAUGCUUUUAGGUUCAUUAGGUAGAAUUUUUUCUAAAAACUCUUUGAAGAAGGAUAUUUUUAUGCUUUUCUUAAAAAUUUUGUAUUAAGAUUAAUAUCUUGAAAUGAUGACUUUAAAUAAAGAAUACAAAAACACUCAAAUGGAGCAAUAAAAUCUUCAGCUAUAUGCUUAAUAGUAAAGUUAUCAAGGAUAGGAGGAAUAACAAUAAGAAGAAGAUAAAAUUGAGUUCAAAGAAGAGGAAGAAUUAAAUCAACAAAGCUAAAUACCUUAGUUUAUUCAGAAAUCUAAGAUUUAAUUGGAUAGACAAAAAGUUAACUUAAAACUUAUAAAUGAUUAAGAGCGAAGCUAGUCUCCUAAAAUGCUAAAUAUACAUGAUAUGAUUUCGUUAAAAAGUUAAGAAUAAAAAAGUGAGUUUUAAUAUGAAUAAAAUAACAGUUUUACUUCUGUUUAAAAAUUAAAACAAAAUCUAUCUAAUAUAAAACUUAUAAAUGAUUUAGAGCAAACAUAGUCACCUUAUAUACUAAAUAGAAAUGAUAGGCUUUAGUAAAAAUAUUAAGAAUAAAAAAGUGAGUCUUAAUAUGAUUAAAAUAGCAAUAUUACCUCUUCUUAAAAAAUAAAACAAAAUGUAAAUUUGAGUAUGGGUACAGUUUCCUCAUCUUAAACAUAUAAUUUUAACUAAUAGAAAUAUUUAUUAUAAAAAGUCAUUAGUUAAAAUUACUCAGGAUAAACAUAAAAAUCUAUUCAUUGUAAGAAGAUCAAUCUUGGCUAAGAAAUUUAAACUAAAACAAAAGAUCUAAUAAAAUCAACACAACUAAAUUUUAUAUUGAACACAUUUAAAAAUAAAUAGUUGGCAAUAAAAAAUUAAAAAGUAUAAAAUUUCAUUUAGAGUCUCAUUUUUAAAGCAAAUAUUUGCAAGAAAAAAAGUAGCAAAUUAUAAAAUCUUAAAAAUUAAGUUGAAGAAAUUGAUUCUCAAAUCAAGAAAGAAAUGAAUAUUUAAAAUAUUUUCAAAGACAUACAAUUUUUGAAAAAGGCAGUCAUGCUCAUUUUGAAUUCAGAUCAGCUAGCUGCCCUGCAACUUAUUGGCUUAUCUAAAAAUUACUUAGACUUUAAAUUAAAGUCUAAAUUUGAUAAAAACUCUGACGAGAUAAUUCUAGAUAAGAAUCUUUCUCAUUUUGAAAAGCAGUUUGCUAUUUCUCAAUCUGACUAUUUACAGUUUUGUGAAUUAGAAUAAUUCUUAUAAAGAUGCUCAAAAACUUAAAAUUUAAAAGAAUUAGACAAAAGAAUUUUAUCUUCAUUAAAUAUUGAUCAUAUAAGUUGA